GUUGAAGUCUACACCACGUCAGGGUGCAAGUAUUGUGUGAAGGCGAAGAAGAGGAUGAGGGAGGAGGGAGUACCCUACGAGGAGAUCGACGUGAACGAGGACAAGGUGAGUAGGAGUGAGAUGUCGAGGAGGGCAGGAGGGCGGACGAGCGUCCCGCAGAUCUUCGUGGCAGGAGAGCACGUUGGAGGAUGCGACGACUUG